AUGCAACUAUACUGGGGCUGGAACCCAAUUGGUGGGAACUCAAACCCUGCGUCUGAAAGACACGAAACUGUCGUUGGAAGCACAAGGUUGGACUCCAUAAAAUUGUCCUUCAAUUCCUGUGGAUUCUGGAGCCCUGUGAAGACUGCAAGCUUGGUAUCCAAAACGUCCAAAUUCAUCUCCAACACUUUCUUCAGUUCGAGCUUUGGAGGUUUCCUGUUCUCAUCCGGCACACGGUAUGUUGGAGUCUUGGCCAAAACCUUGGCAGCUUCCACAAGGAAACCCCAGUCGAUGGUUAUUUCGAACAGUUUAAGCUUGCGCGAGCUGUUUGCCGCAAUGAGCACUGCUCCGUCCCUGUCGAAACCAAUGGACGCCGAGUCGAGUAGCUCGUCGCGGCCCGUGAUCUUGGUGAUUGUUUUCUUGUACUCGAUUCCGUGGUCUUCUUGGUACCACAGCGUGACUUCGCCGUUCUUCCGCACUGCGAUACAGGCCUGUUUGGUGGGCAGCGGAUGCAUAGCUCCAUAA